CCCCUCGUCUCUCUCUCCCCUCGUCUCUCUCCCCGUCCCUCUCCCCUCGCUCCCGGUGACGCGCGCCGUGCCCGCGCCUGCGCGGAGCGCAGCGGCGUCAUGGCGGUGCCGGGAGGAGGUGCGAAGGACGACACAUUCAACGUGCUGGACCUGGCGGAGUACACCAAGAACCGGCCCUGGUGGCGCAAGAUCUUCGCCCCCAACUCGGGGUCGAGCGCUGAGAAGUACAAUGUGGCCACGCAGCUGGUGAUCGGAGGGGUCACGGGAUGGUGUACUGGAUUCAUCUUCCAGAAAGUUGGAAAGCUGGCAGCGACAGCAGUGGGAGGAGGCUUUUUCCUACUUCAGAUUGCAAACCACACAGGAUACAUCAAGGUGGACUGGAAUCUAGUACAACGGGACAUGAACAAAGCCAAGCAGCAGCUGAAAUUUCACAGCAGUGGUAAUAAAAUGCCUCCAGAAGUGAAAAGCAGAGUGGAUGAGGUGAUCAUAUUUCUGAAGAAGAAUGUUAUCCUGACUGGAGGAUUUGCUGGAGGAUUCCUGCUUGGAAUGGCAUCCUAGAAGCUGCACUCUCCUCUUAUGCCCAACCACCCCUCUCCUCCUCUACUGCUGUUAUCUCUCACUUAGAAGUCAAAGGAUGUUGCCAACAGACUCAGUCCCAUCUGCUCACAGGUUCCAGCUCUUACUUCUUACAACGCUGCUUCUGAUUUCCACAUUUUUCUUCUGUCUGGGCUCUUAGUGUGCCAGGGUUGGUCUGGAAGCUUACAACUCCCACUCUAUCAUGAUUUCCCACCAAAUAUGCCCAGUCUCAAAUUUUCUGAUGAGUUUCAACUUCAUAAAAAUGUAGUGGCAGAGAAACCUCUUAAAUGUGCUUCUUCCAGGUGCUCAGGACUGUUCUGUGUACCUUUGUCUGCCAGUAUAUGUGUCAAACAGCUGUAAGCUCUUCACCACAACUUAGCUUUCAGUAUUCAUGCCCUGGUACCUGGAAAACCUCUGCUUCCCUCUGCACAGAGGUGGUCUGUGCAAUCCAAAAUGUAGUUGACUGUCCUGGAGUGGAUACAGAAGUGUCAGAGGACAGCCUGAGUUGUGUCCAGGACAGGGGAAUAUGGAUUUUCCUGCCCUCCUCCUGUUGUUGCACUGCACAUAGAUGGCCAUUUGGCUUUCUCUCUGCUGGUAUCCUUCCCCCUACUGGAGCUGCAGCACUGGCACUGCUGAUGGAAACUGAGCACUGAGGCUGACUCUCCAGGCCCUUUCCUCAUCAUGUGUUCUGAAAGUCACCGAGUUCUGUGCUGUAGAGCCACCUGACUGCUCAGCAUUUGAGGCUCUCUUCCUGCUUCCAGCAGGCCCAGCCUGGGUGUGUCAGACAGGGGCAUUUCAGCUGUGCCACUUACUGUAAAUCACCCUGGGCCUCUGAAUGGGGUUUCCAUGUCUACCACGACCUUCUCUCGUUGCUUUGGUGUUGGUGAUGCUUGUUGAGCUGUAACUGUGUAGGACAGGAUUGUAGACAGGAACUGCAUCCCUACUUCGGGUACAUUGUACUGGUCCAGGUCCCUGUUGCCAGCUCUACUGGCAUGAGGUGAAAUCUGGAGUGCAGUCCUGUACCUGCCUCUGAAGAGCACAAAUUCCUUCUCCCUGGUUUCUGCAAGCAACUGAAAUGACAAAACUUUUGUGAAAACCAGACUGUGCUCUUGUGAGAGCAGUUCAUUUGCAUAUUUCCACCUCAGUUUUGUUCUUUCUUUCUUUGUGUUUGCCAUUUUCAUAAGAAAAGCUGUUUGCUUAGUUCUAUCAGCUGCAGCCCUUCUCCUGCAGGAGAUGAGGCAGCCCAGGUGCAGACCUCAGCUGUUUUUGGGCAGUCUGACUCAGCACAGUUGUGUGUAGUACAAAAAUCCCCCAGAGGUAUUCUGUGAGCAUAAAGACUUGCCUGACAACAUGGUGAUGUCCUCCAGCAGGUAUAGGGAGGAGUUCUUGCCCAGAAUGUGGGGUUUUAUAGGAAAGUCUGCUCAUCCUUCAGUGGGAAAUGUGGUAGGGAAUAAUGACACUCCUGGGUGGGUGGUUUGCAGCACCUGGCUCAGCAGCUGCACCCCAUUUCCAGUACUGUGCAAUGGCUCUGUGAUCUGCUGCUCUCAGUAUGGCUGGAAAGGGGAUCUUCCCCUGGGAGCUGCUGGCAGAGUUGAAAUGGUGUGUUCUUCCACCAGAGGGUUUGGAAUGAGCAUGUGCACUUGGUAAUUUUGUUUCAGCUCUGUUGAUUGAAGCAUCCAUAUAGCACCACGUUGAGUAAGCUGCUUUUCUUACCUUCAGGAUCUGGAAAGAGGCUGCAGGUAAUUAAGAGACAGAAGUUGUUGUCUUUGCUCCUGUCCUGCCAUAGAUGGCCAAGGAGAAUGAAGGACCAGCUGGUCUCACUGUAAAAUCCUUUUAACAAUGGCCUUCCUAAAGGCCAUGUUUGACUGCAGAAGUGAUGGCAUGCAGCAAAUAGGUCUUCAAUAAAUUGGUAUUUAGCAGUGGUGUGACAGAUAGUGGGGUUUUUUGGGAUUUGGUUUGCUUUUCUGUAGGAUCUGCAGACGUGAACAUGCAUAAAUUGAUACAUUGGUCUUGCAGGGUAUCUUGUUCCUGUAGGACAACAGCAUUGCUGCUCUUUGGCUGCAGAACACAACUUCUGAGAUGCACUGAUCUCCACAAAGCUGUCUCCAACGACAAAGCUCAAAGGAAAUAAUUAACAGACCUUAGGGUUGUUUUUUGGGCUCAAAUAAUUCACUACUUCUGCCUUACCCUAGGUGGGGUGAGUUCUGCUCAAGUCCCAGUUUGCUGCUACAGAGAGAAACGGCCCAGAGAGGGAGCUAAAAUGCUUGUAUUGCUGCUGAAAGGGGAAACAAUUAACAGAUUUAUGCUGAGUUUGAUGUGAAUGUAGGCAGGGUAUGGACAAGGACAUCAGGAUGUGGCAAAUCGUUCUGCUGUGCUGGUGUUGGCUCGUGGCUGCACUGUUUGAUGCUGUGGGUCCACACUGGAAGGUUUGAUGCUGAAUCAGUCUCUGUGGGGAUGCAUUUUCAUUGCUGCAGGUGCCAAGAUGAGGUGUUCCUUCCCUUCCCCACUCCUGCUUCUUUUAGUCGUGUUUCAACAACUUCUGACAUCUGUUACACUAUGAGAAGAUUUCAAACACAUUAAGCUUUUAAAGUGGUUUUAUAUAUUAUAUGUAAAUGCUUGUUGAAGUGAUAUUUUAUUAAACAGUUUUGCUGUAAAUGC